AUGAAACAACAUUUUAGUUCUUCUGCACACAAGGAAAUUAACUUAUGUAACCGUCAAAAAAAUAACAAAAGAUCUCUUAUAUUUUCUUUGAAUAAUAAAUUUCAAUUUAUACUAAGCGGUUACUCGGAACAAAGUGAUAAAACAGACGAAGAUAUAAAUAAUUUAAAGAAAUUGCUAAAAUUUGAAUUAUGUUUUAUAUUAUACAACACUAAUAAAUAUUCAAACCAGUGCAAAUGGAUACUUAUUUUGUGGAUGCCUGAUGAAAAUUUCGAAAAAGGAAAAGACAACAAAGAUAUGAAAAAUGGGAAAAAUGAGAAAAAUCAUAAUCGCAUAUGCAAUUUAAAUAAACUGAUAUAUCACAAUUUAAAAAAUAAAAUUCUUGACAUAAUUAAUGACAGUGAUAUUUUAUAUUUUCAAAUUAAAACGUUUUUAGAGUUAGAAAAAUGCAUAAAUCGUAAUGUUGUUAAAUUUAACACCCCCAAUUCUAUUAAUACUAACUGCUUAGAUAUUCAUACUGAUAAUGCAAAAUAUGAAAUAGAUAGAAAUAAACAAUUAAAUAUAAAAAGCUAUCUUUAUAACAAUUACAUUAUAAAUUUACAAAUAAAAAAUCUUUGUUACGAUUUUAUUGAAAAAAACAAAAUAUUUAUAGACCAUAUUAAACUAGUAAAAGAUGAAAAGGAGCCAUGUUUGUUAUUUUUAAAAUUAAAUACAAACAAUUAUAAAAUAAAAAGUGAUUAUAUAAUAGUUCAAGAUAUAGAAUACCUUAAAAAUAUAAUAAAUGAUGAAAACAUAUUUUAUACUGUUUAUAAAAUAUUAGAUACAUAUACUUUUUUUUUUGUGUGUAACGAGAAAUGCAGUGUAAAAGACAAAUUUGUUUAUUCACUUUUUAAAGCAGAAAUUAUACAAUUUUUGAAAAAAAAUAAUAUUAUCAUUUUUUUAAGUAUAGAAAUAAGUAAGCCUAAACAUGUUCUUGAUUUUAUUAAUUCAGACAUAUUAAAAACAGAAAAAAAAAAAAAAUACAUAUUCAAAAAUAAUUAUAUACACAACCAAAAAAAAAACUGA